AUGAAAAUUCUUCUAAUAGUUGUCGUGUGUGCAGUUGCGGCGUCCGCGAAGAUUUUGCCGGACGACUUCCCACAAUGCAAGCGCGAUGACCCAGAAUUAGAUAAAUGUGUCUUAAGAGCAGUUGAUGAAGUAAAACCCAGACUGCUAAAUGGAAUUCCUGAAGUUAACGUACCUGCCUUGGAGCCUUUCAAUGUACCCACUUUGAAACUAGACAGAACAGCUCCAAACCUCAGAAUCAAGGCUACCCUGAAGAAUAUAAAAGCUUACGGUGGAUCUAACUUUAAAAUUGAGAAAUUAAAGCUGAACCUUAACAAUAAGUACGUGGGUGAAGUAAAGUUGACGAUCCCUCACCUCAUGGUGACGGCCGACUAUGACGUCCGGGGCUCCAGGAUCCUGACCCUAGAUAUCAGCGGCAAAGGGAAAUUUAGAAGUAAUUUUACUGGAAUAACAGCAGUAGCUAAGGGUAGCGCUAAACCUGUUGACAAAGAUGGCCUCGAGUACUUACAGACAGACAAAAUUAUUAUGAAACUCAAGAUCGGCAACGGUCAAAUAGCAGUUGAUGAUACCGAGAGACCUGUUGCUGCUUCAUCAGCUGCAGCUUUCUUCAACGCUAGCCCAACAACUGUACUAGAAAUCCUCUAUCCCCUCAUCGAAGAAAGCGGUGCCGCCAUUUGUAAAGCAUACUUCAACAAAAUAUUCUCAAAAAUACCACUAAGCGAGGUUUUAGUUGCGCGAGUACCAGAACAUAAUACAACUAGUGAUGGCGAUACUAUAGAAGAAAUCGCAAAAAAGCCAGUAUGCCAUUACAGCGAUCCUAAUGUUGCUGAUUGUAUCAAGCGUGUAGCGGAACAAGCGAAAACUCUUCUUGCACAUGGAAUUCCAUCGUUUAACAUACAGCCGCUUGAACCGCUGAAGGUGCCAAGUAUACGAUUAAGACAGCACAAUAUGCCACAAGGGCGAUUCAAAUACGAUGCCUGGCUCACCGACCUCACACUGAACGGAUUAACUAACUUUACUUUUAAUAAACUUGAUGUCUAUCCAGAAGAUUUGAAGGUAACAGGAAACAUAAGUUUACCACGACUAGUCAUGUUUGGUGAAUACGUUGUCAUAGGAGAGUUCCAGAUGCUCCCAGUGGAAUCUACUGGAAUGCUAGCAGCCAAUUUCACGGAAUGCUCGGCAGCUCUUAAUGCUGUAGGUGCCAAAGUACAUAAAAGAAUAGUUAUACGCGAUGCUGAUGUUAAACUCAAAUGUUCUGGACCCCUGAUGGCAAACUUGAAAGAAGCGCAUUCAACUACUGGAGAAAUGGUUGGUAGUUUCAUUUGUCCACGAGAGGAUAAAGCUCUUGGCCACUGUCUGCGAGAUGCUUUUAAUUCCUACGUACCACAACUAGCUACAGGAGUACCAGAAUAUGGCGUGCCGCCUUGUGAGCCACUUCACAUUCCGACAAUAUCGAUCAAACAAUCUGCGGGUCCAAUAACAGUGACGUCAUCAUACACAGAUGUCUCUGUAAGAGGACCAUCAAAGAUGCAAGUGAAAAAAGUCGAGGUAGAUUCCAAAAAACAUAAAGUGGUUGCGUCGUUAUACAUUCCUGAACUUAGAAUGAAGGGUAACUACAAUUUGAAGGGACAGCUUUUCAUGCUCCCCAUAGAAGGAGAUGGAAUUUUUCAUGCUAAAUAUGAUAACAUUGAUGCUACAGUGACGAUAAUUUUGGGAAGAAAGCGUCGUUUCAAUUCGGUUGACGCUCUUGCUUGCAAGAGCCUUGAAGUUAAGUUUCACAUUGGUAAUGCGUCAAUGAAGUUGGAAAAUCUGUUUGGAGGAGACGGUGAAUUGGGAAAUGCUAUGAAUAAAUUUUUGAAUGAAAACUGGGAGAAGCUGUCCAACGAACUUCAAGCACCGAUGGAGAAGGCCUUACAGGAUGUCCUUAAGCCGUUAGCAGAUCAUGCGUUUGGUAUAUUAGACGCUGAUGAUAUUUUGUUCGCGUAG